AUGUCUCUGAGCAACGAGUUGACUGUUCUGCUCCUUCUGAUCAGCGGGGUUUCUGCUGUGAGUGUUUCACCUCCAUCAAAUGUUAGAGUGAGCUGCCAAAAUCUAAAGGUCUCUGUCCGCUGGGAUUACAGAACCAAAGAACCACAAACGAUCUUUAAAGGAACCCUUCAUCCAUGGAAUUGUACAUUUGAAAACAAAGAUCACGAGUAUGACCUGAGCAACUGUAUCUGGAAAUCUGGAGAAGAGAGAUAUCUCAGCUUCAUGUAUGUCAGUAUAGCAGCUGUACAGGGAGGCAUCAAGUCUGAAGCUGAGAAAUCAAAGACUUUCUCCUUUGACAGUCUUAAGACAGUCAACACAAAAUGUUCUUUAGAGUUCCCUCCUGUAGAAAUAGAAGCGAAGGAGCAGAUGCCCACAGUAAGUUUCCAGAAUCCCCUCAAGUUCUACAACUUGGCACAGAAGGUCACGGAUGAAUACAAAAUCGGCUUUACAGUUAAAAAUGAACAGGGAGCCUUUCCAGCGUCAUGCACAGAUGAAAAAAUCUGCCAAUGUAAUAAUGUGUCAUUCAAAGAGGGUGUGAAGAAGUGCGUCAAUGUGAGUGGAACGUUGCUUGUCAGGAUCGGUGCUCAGCAGGUGAAGUUCAAAGAGACAGAGAAAUGCACGAUCCGGGCCUCUACAGUACCACCUCCCCAACCAGGUUUCAGUGAGGUGAUACUCGCAGCUGUGCUGUCAUCCUUGCUUUUAUUUGUUCUCAUUGUGGUAACAGCUUGCAUCUGUAAGCUAAAGGCGUGGACAUUUAACCCCUCAGAUACUCUACCUUCAUCUCUGAAGGACAGUGCAGGGAAUCAGAACAAGCAUCCACCCAACCCAACCAGACCACAAAUUAGUCGAAUCUCUGUCGAAAGCUUAGACAGCUGUCAGAACGACCCUGAGGAAACUGUUCUUCUCAAGGACACCGGUCAGUCUGCAGACAACAGCAGUGCUGGCUCUGACUACAACCCUAGCAACUCCUGCUACGCAGAGAGGCCGCAUUUGGACAGCAGCGAUUCUGACAGAAGCGGGACGGAUGAUGACUCUGGAGAUGACUCGGUAAAGACGGAGUGUGUUUCAAUUGAGGAAAGGUCUGCUUAUGACUGCCCACAUGUGAUGAUGGACAUGGGUGAUGGAGACAUGGUCACAGGUUACACUGGGAAUUAA